GAAUGCAAACGAAGAGAAGAGAGGUGCUGGGGACGCGGAUGGGGACGGGGUUGGAAGCGGUGAAGAGACGAGUGCGUUGGAUGAGUUGCUGGACGAUGCGCUUGCAAUGGGCCGAACGGACAGCCGAAAGACUAGGGGGAGCGAGGAACCAACUUCGGAAGCUAGGGGCGGAGAAGCGAAGGGGGCGCCCAAGACGGGGAAGCGGUACUUGUCGAAAGCAGAGAGGCGGAAGAUGAAGAAAGGUCAGGUGGGCGACGGAAACGUGGGUGCAGAGACCGCUGACAAUGAGGACGCAGGCAAGGGAGCGGAAACGGAACAGGCAGCUUCGGACGUGACGGAAGAAAGUGUAGCUCCGCACCAGCGAAUGGAUGGGGCAGCGGGGCUACGGGAGGGAGAAACGGAGAAAGAAGGCGACGAUGAAGGCGGCUCAGUGAGCGAAAAAGAGGGUGACACAGUGAUCGCUUUGCGUAAGGAGAGUGGGAAAGAAGCACAAAAUGAGAGCGGGGAGAAAGUCGGGGGCCAGGGGCAGAAGGCGCGGGCGACGGCUGCAAAAGGUUCACGGCCAAUGGAGGAGCCGACACGUGGCACUCAGGGCAAAGAGGAGCUGACACGUGGCAAGCGGGCGAAGCUCAAGAAGGCCCGGGACAAGUACGCGGAGCAGGACGAAGAGGAACGGGAGAUCCGGAUGGCGCUGCUCGCUUCCGCCGGAAAAAGCGACAAAGGUACCGGAAAGGGGGGCAAGAAAGGCGGAAAAGACGCCCGGGGGAAAGGGGGUGAGCCGGAGAAAAUGAAAAGGGAGAGCGCGGGGCCUGUGCAAGACGAGCGGAAGGUGUGCUACAAGUGCAAACAGGCGGGACACGUGGCAAAGGAUUGUCCGACGGGCGAAGUAAGUGGUGCGGCGCUUAGCGGGACCGCGGAUAGUGCUACCGCCGAACCUGCAAAUGGCAAAGCUGGAAGGAUUGGUCAAUCUGAGGGGGAUAAGCGCGAGGCCGAAGGUCCUGAAGGGGCCCGGGCGACAGACGAGGUUUCGGCGGAGAAGGGGUCGGAUGGUACACAGCUGAGCAGGCGGGCACGCGCACGGGCGCAGAACGAGGGGGAGAGGGCGGAGAUUGCGGCGAUACUGGAGGAGGAAAAUUUGCAGGAGCUGCCGGACGAGGAGCGCGACCGGUUGACUGAGCUGGACGCGCUGACGGGCGUGCCCCGGGCGGACGACAUUCUGCUGUAUGCGGUGCCCAUGUGCGGGCCGUACACGGCGCUCCAGGGGUGCAAGUUCAAGGUCAAGCUCACGCCGGGGACUGCCAAGAAGGGCAAGGCGGCGAAAACUGCAGUUGAGGUGUUUUCGCGGAUGCCCGAAGCGACUCGGCGCGAGAAGGAGCUGAUGAAGGCGGUGCAGGACCCCGACCUAGUUGCGGUCAUGCUGGGGAACGCCAAAGUGACAGCCCCGGGCCUGACCAAGAUGAAGCAGACGCAGAAGAAGGGCCGCAAGGCCUCAGCGCAGAAACAGUAGCAAAAACUUGCUGAUUGCUGAAAGGGAGUGGUGCAAGUCAAAAGGAUUGAUGCUUCGCUAUGGUGGAUUGGUUCUUUGAAAAAAACAACGUGCUCAGUUCACUUUCGGCAACUCGUCCAAGAGCCCUUCGGAUUCCUGGUAAUUUCCGCGAGAAUAUUCAAAGCCCUUUCGGGUGCAUGCUCGCCUGUUCGCUCCAUGGGACUUGGGACGGAGCAACGGCAGCGAAAUGGCUAUUCCAUAAUAGUUUUUGAC